UCAGACAUGAAAGAAAGAAUCAAAGAUAAAGCAUGGCGCCCUCAAUUUAUAAAGUUGAAUAAUCCAGACACUUCCAAAAAGAUUGUAUCACAAAAGAGCAAAAAACCUGAAAUUGUGGAUCUUUCAUCGCCAGGAAAUAAUGAUUUGGUUACAAUAUCAAUUCUAUGUGUUCUCCUUUGUUUUCAAUUAGCUAUUUCAUUGAAUCCUCAUUCUGGAGAAUCUCAACCACCGAUGUAUGGAGACUACGAAGCGCAAAGACAUUGGAUGGAAAUCACAGUAAAUCUUCCAAUUGAGCAAUGGUACCUGAACGGAACGCAUAACGAUCUUCUUUAUUGGGGACUCGAUUAUCCUCCAAUCACGGCAUAUCACCAUUAUCUUCUUGGUGUGAUAUCCAACAAAAUCAACAAAAAAUGGGUGGAAUUAACAACCUCGCGAGGUUACGAAUCAAUUGCACACAAACUUUUUAUGCGACUUUCGGCGAUAAUUCCGUUUUACAUUUUCUAUCUCCCGCCAUUGAUAUUCUACUUCACAAGAUCAAAGAAGAUGUCACCCAUUCUAUACGCGUUAGCUCUACUGUAUCCAUCACUACUAGUGAUUGACAAUGGUCAUUUCCAGUACAACAGUAUUUCGCUUGGACUGUUUUUGGCAACUUACAUGUUCCUAACCAAAAACUUCACUAUAAUUGGAUCAAUAUUAUUUGUUGCCGCGCUGAAUUAUAAACAAAUGGAGCUCUAUCAUGCAUUGCCUGUGUUUGUAUUUAUCCUUGCUAGAUCAAUCAACAAAACUCAACUUUUCAACUCAUUCCGGAGAAUAUUGACCAUAGGAUUGUUUGUAGUCGGAACUUUUCUCAUAAUCUGGCUUCCAUUCCUUUUGACAGGCACAGCCAAAGAUGUUAUAAUUCGCGUUUUUCCAUUCAAUCGUGGACUAUAUGAAGAUAAAGUAGCAAGUUUCUGGUGUGCGUUCUCGUUUAUACUAAAACGCCUACCGCUUCAGAGCGUGCAAAUUUAUAUCAGCACUGCCCUCGUACUUGCUGGAUCUGCACCGUCUCUGCUAGUAUUGUUCUUACGACCCACAGAAAAACAAUUCAGAAUUUCGUUAACAGCGACAGGACUUUCCUUUUUCUUAUUUUCCUUCCACGUACAUGAAAAGACUAUCCUUCUAGCUGCAGUUCCAGCGCUUUUGCUAAUUUCUGAAUAUACAUCUCUUGUCAUUUGGUUCCUGAACAUAACAAAUAUAAGCAUUUUCAGUUUGUGCGUCAAGGAUAAUUUUGCCCUUUCACUCUCUUUCUUCUUCGCAUAUUUUGUUGUCUCAUAUGCAUAUACUGCUCCCAGAAAAAUAUCUCACAUUCUGACUAUUCUGAUUGGUUUUGCUAUUUGUAUCCUAGAGCUGUAUGGACCUAGUAACCAAAGGUUUCCUCAUAUUUAUCAAUUGGCGAAUGCCUUUUUCAGUUGUGUUCAUUUUAUAUAUUUUCUGUUGUACCUCAGUUUUGCAUCAUUUGAAAAAACAAAAAAAGAAUAAAAUUAAUUACUUCUG